AUGGACUUGGUACCUGAUGACCCAAUUCAAGUUAGCACUUUAAAUUCAAAUUUGACAUUAAUGGCGCGUGUAUCAAACGGGGAAUGUAACCACUUCAGAGUGCCGACUUAUUCGCCUUGGGGGCGCUGGGGCGCGUGUCGCCUCGGCCGGAGGGUCAGGCGGCGGCACUGUGUGCGCAGAGAAAUAUGCGGGGAUUCCGUACGGAUUGAAGUAGCCAGUUGCAGAAAACGCAAAUCGCGAAUGAAGAUAUUAACGCAUGGCAUCACAAAUGGUUUCUACAACCGAGCACCACACAUGGAAAAGUAUCAAAGACGGCAACUGGAUUCAAAUGAAAUACAAAAACGGUUUCGUGGAUUCUCACCGUGGGGCCCCUGGAGUUCCUGCUCGAGGAAAUGUACUACUGUACGCAGAAGGUAUUGUCAAAAACGAAUCUUUUGUGGGCGAAAAGUGAUUAGGCAGUCCGCAUAUUGUUACGUGGAGGGCAGCUACUGCCAGCACUGGAUCCGAACCCGCAUGCAGAGGCGCAAGGAUCCAGGAGUUGGGUACCGAAUAGUUGAGUCUAUGUCGCCGCCCGCGCCCGCCAUUCAUCCUGAAGACUCCCGGUACUUACAUCAUGGACCACUUGAGUGUGGACGAUUGGGUCACUAUCGGGGCUCGGCUGCCGCUCGGAUGAGGGCUCGGAUGAAGGACAUGAUCAGGAUUAUUGGCGGCAGACCAGCUCCUCCGGGGAAGUGGCCUUGGCAGGUCGUCGUACUUAAUCGUUAUAAGGAAGCCUUCUGUGGGGGCACUUUGGUGUCUCUACGGUGGGUGGUGACAGCAGCACAUUGUGUGAGGAAGAAACUAUACGUGAGGCUUGGGGAACAUGAUCUCCUCACAAGGGGACCAGGGGAGAUGGAGUUGAGGGUCACGGAGGCUGUGGUGCAUCCUCAUUAUGAUCCAGACACGGUUGUCAAUGACGUCGCUUUGCUACGUCUGCCCAUGCCAGCACGACCAGACCUCGGCCACGGCAUAGCGUGCCUACCGCCGGCCUAUCAGCUCUUGCCUCCCCAUACCACUUGCGUCAUACUGGGCUGGGGCAAGAAGCGGGCGACUGAUGUCCACGGAACUCGGUUACUUCAUGAAGCACAGGUGUCGACCAUCCAGCAAGGCGUCUGCCGGCGCUCGUACUGGCAGUACGCUAUCACCGACAACAUGGUGUGCGCGGGCCGUGGGCGCAAGGACUCAUGCGCAGGCGACUCGGGCGGGCCUUUGCUCUGCCGGGACCGGGACAUGCGGUAUUACCUGCAGGGCAUCACCAGUUUCGGGGACGGUUGCGGCAAGCGCGGCAAGUAUGGCAUCUACACCCGCACCGCCGGCUACGUCGGUUGGAUGCAAGACAUCAUGCAUAACAGAUACUUUGAUUGAUAACCCCCACUGUCGGCCUUCAGGCCGUAAUGCAAACGUCGCGCUGAUUGAUUAUCAUGGUGCAAGGGGGAAAGUAUAACUAAAAGUAUUUCAUUUUUGGAGAUACCCUUCGAGUAUUGUGGCGCCUUUCCAUCAAAAUUAUUAAGAAAAAAUUACAUUACCUAAAGACUCAAAACUGUUCAGUAGAACUAGAACUUUACGAUCGGACCACGAGCAAGAAAGGCGACAUGUAUCUUGUAAUUUAGAUUGAAUUUGAACAAAGCAAAAGGCAAACAAAGCUCACAAAAGAGCCUAUUAACACCUUGAAAAGUUGCCAGAUUAUUAUGUUAUCUUAUGGAACGUCGUACGAAUUAAACUACGGGUAUUAUCAUAUAACAAUGCAUGGAUUUACCUGCACGUUCGCACUUUAUCGUAUCUCCUAAAUUGCUUUUCAUUUAACAGAGCAAAAGGCUGAUGAAGGUAUCACGUCACUUCUCGAGAUCUGAUUUAAUGUUAUAAACUUAUUAAUAUAACGGGAUUUGGCAACAAAACACUAUAUAAAUUUAGUUUAUUAACAACUACAACAUGAAAGUUUAAGGCUGGGUUGGUCCAUCUUACUCCAAGAUCUUACUUUAUUUAACAAACGUUUUUUGACGUGGUGCACCCCAGCCUUAAUGUUACCAAAGUGGUAGCAGUAUAAGACGUAUGUACAUUGUACAGUGUACACGUCUAUCACAUGCACGUAAUUUUUGAAAGGCGAUUAUUAUCGACCUUAUGGUAUGAAGUUAAUUUAGUACAGGCUGCAUAAUAGACGAGCAUAGCCCUUCAAUCAAACCCUGCCCGAGCCCUAAUGGCCGCCUGACACUGCGUAUCAUGUAUCGGCAUUUCGCCCUCAUUUUGAAAGAUAAGCAUUCCACGUGAAAGCAAUUUCGUUGCAGCGCGGCAGUGUUUUAAUAAUUACCUACCAAAACGGUUACAUUAUUUAUUUACGGUUUUAAAUCUAAUUCAAAUUGUCAUACAGAUUUUAAAUAAUAUUGUACUUUACAGUGAUCAUAAGACAACACUCAAUGUAAUUAUGCUUUCAAACCAAAGUAAAUUAAAUCAAAAUCGGUUCAUUUGCUUGAAAAAUAAAAUUUGACUUGCGUAAUAUACAACCUUAUUUUUCCGUCGAGGUUUAAAAUGGAUAUGAGUUUAUUGUGUAUCAUAAUACAUAUUAUUAUUUAAAUAAAUGUAAUUUGCAAGCAGACGAAAGAAAAGCUUCGCCAGUAUUGUAAUGGACAAAAAAUAUUUUCAUUUUGUGAGCUUAUGAACAGUGAAAUAAUUGAACAAAAUGAGUACUGUAACAUGCAAAUGCAAAGCUUCUGCAUUGUAAAUAAAGUUGUGGAUUUAGGAACGAGACUAAAAUAAGCUAGAAUGAUCUUUCAUUUUGAAUUACUUCAGCAGUUUUUGUAAGCAUUUCGCGAUGCACUUUGUCUGUGUUUACUGAGCAGCUCGUUGAACCGCGAAUUCAUCGUUGCAUUAACAAAUGGACAAAGCUUGAAAGCUNGUAUUAUUUACAUUAUGAUAAUAACAUUUUUUAAUUUUAGAUGACUUAGGUACUUAUAGAUAUGUAUUUAAAGAUAAGUCAACAAAACAAUAUUUUCGCUAUAAAAUUAUGAGCAAGGAUACAUAAUGAAAAUAUUAUAUUGAUUUCAUUUUAAGAUGAGGGUAUAAUAUUGUGC